UUAGAAAAAUGUCAGCAUCGACGUUUUUUAGCUAUAAAUGGAGAACAAGAUUGGAGAACGAGAUAGACACUGCCGAGGCGAUUGAACUGAGUGCUAUCGAACAAUAGGAAAAGAGGCCUGGGAUCCAUGGAGGACAACGCCGGCAUCAGAAACAAGCGUUGGUCUCUUCAAGGAGCCACGGCUCUAGUCACUGGAGGAACCAGAGGGAUAGGACAUGCCAUAGUUAAAGAAUUAGCUGAGCUUGGAGCUACCGUGUACACGUGUUCUCGAAACGAAGCAGAUCUCAACAAACGUCUCCUAGAGUGGGAGAAAUCAAACCUUAAUGUCCUAGGUUCUGUUUGUGAUGUAUCUGCUCGAUCUGAACGAGAGAAACUAAUGGAGAAGGUUUCUUUAGCAUUCCACGGGAAGCUCAAUAUUCUCGUUAAUAAUGCUGGAAUAGCAAUUUAUAAGAAAGCCAUUGAUUCCACUGCUGAGGAGUAUGCGUCGCUCAUGUCUACUAAUGUUGAAUCAGCAUUCCAUCUGUGUCAACUUGCCUACCCUCUUCUUAAGGCAUCGGGUGCAGGCAAUAUCGUAAUUAUCUCCUCAGUUUGUGGGCAAAUUGUUCUAGAUGAUCUAACUGUUUAUUCAGCAACCCACGGGGCAUUGAAUCAGCUGGCAAGAAAUUUGUCUUGUGAGUGGGCAAAAGAAAAUAUUCGAACGAAUUGCGUUGCCCCUGGACCCAUUAGGACGGUGAUGACGGAGACUCUGAUGGAGGGUAACAAAAUUAGCGCAAAAUUAGCAGAGCGAACCAGAGGAAGUAUCAACUGUAGUCGCAUUCCUUUGCAUGCCUGCUGCUUCUUAUAUUACUGGUCAGGUUAUUCUUGUCGAUGGGGGAUGGACCGUUCAUGGCUGACAAAAAUAUUGCGCACAUGUUCCAUAGGUGGAGGAAAAUUUGAUAUAAAAUCUUAAAUGAAUAUUUAUGGAAUAAGGCUGAAAUUUGAUAUAAUAUCUUAUUGGAAUAUUUAUGGAAUAAGACUAGAUCAGGAUUCAAGGUUAUCAUAUGUGUAAGUUUAUAUCUGGUGUGCUUCAAAAGAAAGAUUAUAUACACAUUGGCAUUUGAAAAAUGUACUAAUUAAGCAAAACUCAAUAAUAUUGGUCUGGCCUGUUGAGAUAUCCUUU